AUUAUCGCCGGGAAGACCCUCCUAGUUAUUGCCUAAUCAUAACGAUGACUGUUAAAUGACUCGCCAUGUGGCUGGAUGCAGUUCUGCUUACCUUUUCUUAAAAAGUGUGACAAAUACAGAAACAACGACGCCUUCGCCAUGUUCUUAAAUAAUCAACGAUUAGCCUGCGAUUUGCAGUUUCCAAGAAGUUUGCACAGACACUCACACAAUUUAUUAAUCUUCCAUUUUUGCAGUGCCAUUUAUCGAAAUUAUAUUUUUAACGUUUAAUGACAAAGUAUUUUGAUACCAAAAAAACCAAAACAAAACUUCCAACUCAAGCAGCAGCCACAGGGUGUCAUUUCGGUCGAUAGUAAGUGAGUCGAUUAGCCCGGAGUGACAGCCAGACAAAGUAGGGUACGAAGUCGGAGAAAGUGGGCGGCCCUCACCAUGGGGUAAGGGGGGAUGGGGGUUUGCGCACGACCCGACUGAGAACCUGUUCACACCGGGAGGAAAUGUUCACACGGUCCCAAAGUCAAUUUCCAGAUAAAAGAAAGCCUCCUGCCUCGCGGGACUCCUUUAGAUCCGGCUGGUAUUCUCGCAUUAUACUACUACAUUGUUGUGUUGUUUUUGUACGUUUCUUUUUAUAUAUAUCAUUUAUUUUAUUUUAUUUGAAGCGCGCCUUCUUCUGUCGAUUGGUAGCAACUUCAGCACCACUUUUUUCCAGUUGUCGAAAAUGGACAGCGCAAAUGAAAACACACGCCUUCAAACAAAAGAUGCCCAACCAAGCUACACAUUUACCGACAGAGAUUUAAGGGUGCAAGACUCCCCCAGAUUCAUGUGCGCCUUGGACAUGGACAGGUUCCAGCAGCAGCACUGCCACUCAAAGCUGGGAGAGACCAGUAAGGGUGAGCUGGAGAAGCAAAAGGCCCGUAGAAAGCUGUAUGUUGCAGCGUUGGUGUGCCUUUUCUUCAUGAUCGGCGAAGUAAUAGGUGGCUACCUGGCCCACAGUUUGGCCAUCAUGACAGACGCUGCUCAUUUGCUGACCGAUUUUGCCAGCCUGCUGAUCAGUCUGUUUUCUCUGUGGAUGGCAUCAAGGCCUGCUACAAAGACCAUGAACUUCGGCUGGCAUCGAGCAGAGAUCCUGGGAGCUUUGGUAUCUGUGUUGUCAAUCUGGGUGGUGACUGGCGUCUUGGUGUACCUGGCCAUACAAAGGAUUAUCUCAAACAAUUACGAAAUCGAAGGUGGGACCAUGCUGAUUACAUCUGGCUGUGCAGUGGCUGUUAACAUUAUAAUGGGAAUCACAUUGCAACAAUCCAGCCAUCUGCACAGCCAUGGCUCUUCGAAUUCAAGCCACUCUCAUGGUUCCCAGUCUAAUCACCAACAGAGCCCUAGCGUUCGUGCGGCAUUCAUUCACGUGGUUGGAGAUCUUCUGCAGAGCGUUGGGGUGCUCAUUGCUGCCUACGUCAUUUAUUUUAUGCCUGAGUACAAGAUCAUCGAUCCAAUCUGCACUUUCAUGUUUUCUGUGCUGGUUCUCAUUACAACGAUUGCAAUCCUGCGAGAUGUGCUGAUGGUGUUGAUGGAAGGCACCCCAAAGGGAAUGGACUUUAACCAAGUGAAGCACACUCUUUUGUCCAUCCCAGGAGUUAAGGCACUUCACAGCUUACACAUCUGGGCCUUGACAGUCAACCAAGCUGUGCUUUCUGUACAUAUUGCCAUCAUGGAAAAUGCUGAUGGACAGAUGGUCUUGAAGGAAGCAAAUCGACUGCUGCAAAACAAGUUUGACUUUCACACCACUACCAUCCAGGUAGAGAACUACUCGGAUGACAUGCAGGACUGCAGCCAGUGUCAAGAUCCCAAAGAUUAAAUAUGCAUCCAUACAUUGGCAUUUUGGGAGUACAGUAUCACUUGGCUGUUACGCAAUGUUCCAAAAUGUUCAUCCGUUUUUAGGAGUGAAUUUGGGUGCACCCAGUCUGAGUCAAUUUUGUGCUUUUAGUCCCAUAAUUGUCUGGUCUCUCCUGUAGGUGUAUUCAUCAUCCAUAUGAAGUGCAGUUCUGGGUCUGCAACUAUGAGAUUUGGGAACUAGGGAUGCUUCUCUUUUCUACGGGGUUCACUGUCCGGGAAAGCUAUUUAAA